GCGCCCCCUAGCGGUAACCUUCUAUCUUGUUUACAGGAGCGCCAACAGAAGUGCGCUUAUGAAACCAAAGCAAAGCGGUAGCGCCGUUAACCCCAAAUUAUCAGAGGAGAACUUGAUCAACCGCGAAUGGGUUUGGACAAGUUCUGCAGUGCGGACGGUUCCGACCCGUUUUGGGAUUGGAACCGUACGUGGCACGUGGGUAACCCAGAUCUGACCCAGUGCUUUCAGAACACAGUGCUGGUAUGGGUCCCCUGUCUCUACCUCUGGGUCUGUGCCCCGAUCUAUUUCCUGUACCUCAAAAGCCACGACCGGGGCUACAUAUGCAUGACCCACCUCAACAGAGCCAAAACCGCAGUAGGUUUUCUCCUGUGGAUCGUCUGCUGGGCAGAUGUGUUUUACUCUUUCUGGGAAAGAAGCCAACAUGACAGCGGUGCCUCCUCCUCCACCCAGGCACCUGUUAAUCUGGUUAGCCCCACCAUGCUCGGCAUCACUAUGCUGCUAGCCACCCUCCUGACUCAGUAUGAGAGGUUAAAAGGAGUCCAGUCUUCAGGGGUGAUGCUCAACUUCUGGCUGGUGGCCGUCCUCUGUGCUACCGUCACAUUCAGAUCCAAGAUCAUACAAGCCAUCAACGAGCCGUUGACUGUGUGUGUGUUCAGAUACACAACCUUCUACAUCUACUACACACUGCUGCUCAUCUCUCUGCUCCUGUCAGCCCUCUCAGACCAGCCUCCUCUCUUCUCAGAGGCAUCCAAAGACGCUAAUCCCUGUCCUGAGAUCGGAGCUUCCUUUCUGUCCAGAAUCAGCUUCUGGUGGAUCACUGGUCUGAUAGUAACAGGUUAUAAGCGUCCGUUAGAACAGAAGGAUCUGUGGUGUCUGAACUCAGAGGACCGCUCCCAGAGGGUCGUCCCUCAGCUCGUACGACGCUGGAACAACGAGUGCCUGAAGGUCAAAAGACCGGAGGAGAAGACUCUGUACUCUCCUAAGAAGGCUCCUCGGGGAGAGAGGAAGGAGGGUGUCCCCGUAGAGGAGUCAGAGAUCCUGAUUAUGAAGACACCCCAGAAGACGAGAGAACCCUCUCUGUUCUGGGCCCUCUGUCUCACCUUCGGACCCUACUUCCUCAUCUCUUCUCUCUACAAGAUCAUCCAGGACAUUCUCAUGUUCGUGGGGCCGAAUAUACUCAGGUUGCUGAUCCAGUUUGUGAACGACUCUAGCGCCCCCUCGUGGCAGGGCUACUUCUACACCGCGCUGCUCUUCGUUUGUACCUGCUUCCAGACCCUCAUCCUGCAGAAGUACUUCCAUGUGUGCUUCGUCACGGGGAUGAGGCUACGCACUGCUAUAGUAGGAGCUGUCUACAGGAAGGUAAUCACUAAUGUGUGCUUCGUCACGGGGAUGAGGCUACGCACUGCUAUAGUAGGAGCUGUCUACAGGAAGGUAAUCACUAAUGUGUGCUUCGUCACGGGGAUGAGGCUACGCACGGCUAUAGUAGGAGCUGUCUACAGGAAGGUAAUCACUAUCGUGUGCUUCGUCACGGGAAUGAGGCUACGCACUGCUAUAGUAGGAGCUGUCUACAGGAAGGUAAUCACUAUUGUGUGCUUCGUCACGGGGAUGAGGCUACGCACUGCUAUAGUAGGAGCUGUCUACAGGAAGGCUCUGGUGAUCAGUAACGCGGCGCGGCGUACGUCUACAGUGGGAGAGAUCGUCAACCUGAUGUCGGUCGACGCCCAGCGCUUCAUGGACCUCAUCACCUACAUCAACAUGAUCUGGUCUGCUCCUCUACAGGUCAUACUGGCCCUGUACUUCCUGUGGCAGAACUUGGGUCCGUCGGUGCUGGCUGGCGUGGCUGUAAUGGUUCUGAUGGUGCCAAUCAACGGUGUGAUCGCCAUGAAGACCAAGACAUACCAGGUAGCUCAGAUGAAGAGUAAAGACAACCGCAUCAAGCUGAUGAACGAAGUUCUCAACGGCAUCAAGGUGUUGAAGCUGUAUGCGUGGGAGCUGGCCUUCAAAGACAAGGUGUCAGCCAUCAGAGAGAGCGAGCUCCGUGUCCUCAAGAAGGCUGCUUACCUGGGGGCAAUAUCCACCUUCACCUGGGUCUGUGCUCCCUUUCUGGUGGCGCUGUCUACGUUCACCGUGUAUGUGAUGAUAGAUGAGAGGAACGUGCUGGAUGCUCAGAAGGCAUUUGUGUCUCUGGCUCUGUUCAACAUCCUGCGUUUCCCCCUCAACAUGCUGCCCAUGGUCAUCAGCAGCAUGGUCCAGGCCAGUGUUUCUAUGAAACGUCUGUGUGUGUUUCUGUCUCAUGAGGAGCUGCAGGAGGACAGUGUGGAGCGCAUGGCUGUAGCAGGCUGCUCAGACAGUAUCUCCAUUGAGGACGGGGUGUUCAGCUGGUGUAGAAACGAUGCCCCCACUCUGAAGAGGUUGAGUGUACGUAUCCCAGAUGGGUCUCUGGUAGCUGUGGUGGGACACGUUGGCUCAGGGAAAUCCUCUCUGCUCUCUGCUCUGCUGGGGGAGAUGGAGAAACUAGAGGGAUCUGUCUCUGUCAAGGGCUCUGUGGCCUAUGUACCUCAGCAGGCGUGGAUCCAGAAUGCCACGCUGAAAGACAACAUAGUGUUUGGUCAGGAGAGGAAGGAGAGCUGGUACCACAGAGUGGUGGAGGCCUGCGCCCUGCUGCCAGACCUGGAGAUCCUGCCUGCUGGAGACGGCACUGAGAUCGGGGAGAAGGGUGUGAACCUGUCAGGGGGUCAGAAGCAGAGGGUCAGUCUGGCCAGGGCGGUCUACUGCGACUGUGCUGUCUAUCUAUUGGACGAUCCUCUGUCGGCGGUCGACGCCCACGUGGGCAAACACAUCUUCGAGAAGGUUGUCGGGCCCCAGGGAGUCCUCAAGGACAGGACUCGGGUCCUGGUGACCCACGGUCUGAGCUUCCUGCCCCAGGCAGAUCUGAUCCUGGUGAUGGUGGAGGGAGAGAUCACUGAGAGGGGAUCCUACCUGGAGCUGAUGGCGCGGGACGGGGCCUUCGCUGAGUUCCUCAGGACUUACGCCAACAAAGAGCAGGAAGAUGACGAAUCAGACUCUGCACCAAAGAGAGGACUGGAGAAUGGACUUCCUGCUGCUGUGAUUGGUCAGAACCAUACCAGUACAUCAGCAGUGAGGACAGAAGGAGAGGUCCUGGGGAAGAAGGCCAAGAACGCUGAGGUGGGGAGAAUCACAGAGGCUGACAAGGCCAACACCGGGCGGGUGAAGUUGUCAGUAUUCUGGGAGUAUAUGAAGGCUAUAGGGGUGGUGUUGUCCUGCGUCAGUAUCUUCCUGUUCUUCAGUCACCACUUCGCCUCUCUCUUCUCUAACUACUGGCUCAGUCUGUGGACUGACGACCCAGUCGUCAACGGAACCCAGCCCAGCAGAGAGAUGAGACUGGGGGUGUACGGAGCUCUGGGUGCCUCACAGGGCAUAGCUGUGUUCUGCUACUCCAUCUCUGUCUCUAUCGGUGGUAUAUUAGCAUCACGCUACCUCCACCAGUCCAUGCUGUACAACGUACUGCGCUCCCCCAUGUCCUUCUUCGAGCGGACCCCCAGCGGUAACCUGGUGAACCGUUUCUCCAAGGAGACAGACACCAUUGACUCCAUCAUCCCAAGUAUCAUUAAGAUGUUCAUGGGCUCCAUGUUCAACGUAGUAGGAUCCUGUGUGGUCAUACUGAUCGCUACUCCACUAGUGGCUAUUAUCAUACCUCCUCUGGGGAUACUCUACUUCUUUGUCCAGCGUUUCUACGUGGCGUCGUCUCGUCAGUUGAAGCGUCUGGAGUCGGUCAGUCGCUCCCCGGUCUACACACACUUCAACGAGACGUUGCUAGGCGCCAGCGUCAUCCGAGCCUUUGGGGAGCAGGAACGCUUCAUCAGGGAGAGUGACGGUCGAGUUGACCACAACCAGAAAGCAUACUACCCCAGCAUCGUAGCCAACCGGUGGCUGGCGGUGCGUCUGGAGUUUGUUGGGAACUGUAUCGUAAUGUUUGCUGCUCUGUUUGCUGUGAUGGCUAGAGAGAGCCUCAGCCCUGGGAUCAUGGGCCUGUCCAUCUCAUACGCACUACAGCUGACGGCCUCUCUGACCUGGCUAGUGAGGAUGUCUUCAGAUCUGGAAACCAACAUUGUGGCCGUUGAGAGAGUCAAGGAGUACGAAGACACAGAGAAAGAGGCGGACUGGAGACAUGACCAAUCGUCUCUGCCUCCAGGCUGGCCCACAGCAGGCAACAUAGACAUCAGAGGGUUUGGUCUGCGAUACAGAGAGGACCAGGAACUGGCCGUACGCAACAUCACCGUAGCCAUCCACGGAGGAGAGAAGGUGGGUAUAGUAGGUCGUACAGGAGCAGGGAAGUCCUCUCUGACUCUAGGAUUGUUCCGCAUCAUCGAGGCGUGUGAGGGAGAGAUUCAUAUCGAUGGAGUUAACAUCGCUACGCUGGGUCUCCAUGAACUCCGCUCCAGGAUCACCAUCAUACCACAGGAUCCAGUGUUGUUCUCUGGGUCUCUGAGGAUGAAUCUGGACCCCUUCGAUGGCUACUCUGAUGAGGAGGUGUGGAGAGCCCUGGAGCUCUCCCAUCUCAAGAGCUUUGUGUCGGGCCUGCCGGACAAACUCAACCACGAGUGUUCAGAGGGAGGAGAGAACCUCAGUCUGGGUCAGCGCCAGCUGGUGUGUCUGGCCCGAGCCCUCCUGAGGAAGACGAAGAUCUUAGUUCUGGAUGAGGCCACAGCUGCUGUGGACCUGGAGACAGACAACCUGAUCCAGUCCACCAUCAGAACCCAGUUUGAUGACUGCACUGUCCUGACCAUCGCACACAGACUCAAUACUAUCAUGGACUACACCAGAGUGCUGGUCCUGGAUAAAGGGGAGAUGGCAGAGUUUGACUCUCCCUCCACUCUCAUCACCAAGAGAGGAAUCUUCUACAAGAUGGCUAAAGACUCUGGGCUGGUCUGAGUGGGCGAACAGGAGAGGACAGGUUGCUUAAAGACAACCUCCCUCCUUACAGAGAACUUCUCCUCCAACCCCCUCUUCCUCUCCUCCGACCGGGAGGCUGUGCAGGGAAGAGGUAGCAGAGAGCGAGAGGAGAUUUCUAAGGAUAUCAAUGUUUCUGAUAAGUGUGUAUAAAUUAUGGGAGCACUCUACCUCCACUCCUUCCUCCCUCUACUUCUCCCUCUAUCCCUCCCUCCCUCUACUCCUCCCACCAUCCCUCCCUCCAUCCAUCCCUCCCUCUUCUCCUUCCAUCCCUCCCUCUACUUCUCACUCCACCCCUCCAUCCAUCCAUCCAUCUCUCCCUCCCUCUACUACCGAAUAUGUCAAGGAUUCACUCCACUGAACCAAAUCCCUCCUGUUACUCCUCCCUCCCUUAACUAAAGACUUCUCCAGGACAAAUCCCUCCUGUUACUCCUCCCUCCAUCCCUCCCUUAACUAAAGACUUCUCCAGGACAAAUCCCUCCUGUUACUCCAUCCCUCCCUUAACUAAAGACUUCUCCAGGACAAAUCCCUCCUGUUACUCCUCCCUCCAUCCCUCCC